GAGCACUUCCUCUUUCUUUCACGCGACCCUAUCGCGCGAUAUCACCUUGUCUUUAAACCAGCUGUUGAGCGAUCCUUGGAAGCACUGCAAAGAUGCCCAGGGAAGACAGGGCCACGUGGAAGUCCAACUAUUUUAUGAAAAUCAUCCAACUUUUGGAUGACUACCCAAAAUGUUUCAUCGUGGGUGCAGACAAUGUGGGCUCCAAGCAGAUGCAGACCAUCCGUCUCUCUCUCCGUGGCAAGGCUGUGGUGCUGAUGGGUAAAAACACCAUGAUGCGCAAAGCCAUCCGAGGACACUUGGAGAACAAUCCUGCUCUGGAGAAGCUGUUGCCUCACAUUAAAGGGAAUGUGGGGUUUGUCUUCACCAAGGAGGAUUUGGCUGAGGUUCGGGACCUGCUGCUGUCUAACAAGGUACCAGCUGCUGCCCGUGCUGGAGCCAUUGCCCCCUGUGAUGUGAUGGUGCCAGCGCAGAACACUGGGUUGGGUCCUGAGAAGACCUCUUUCUUCCAGGCUCUGGGUAUCACCACCAAGAUCUCCAGGGGUACCAUUGAAAUCUUGAGCGAUGUUCAUCUCAUCAAGAUUGGUGAGAAGGUCGGUGCCAGCGAGGCCACCCUCCUCAACAUGCUGAACAUCUCGCCGUUCUCCUAUGGGCUGAUCAUUCAGCAGGUGUAUGACAAUGGCAGUGUUUACAUGCCUGAGGUCCUCGACAUCACUGAGGAGUCCCUCCAUACCAGAUUCUUGGAGGGUGUUAGGAACAUUGCCAGUGUGUGUCUUGAGAUUGGGUACCCGACUCUGGCCUCAAUCCCUCAUUCCAUCAUCAAUGGUUACAAGAGAGUCCUGGCUGUCGCUGUGGAGACAGACUACUCUUUCCCUCUUGCUGACGAGGUGAAGGCUUUCCUGGCUAAUCCGACUGCCUACGCUGUAGCAGCACCUGUUGCAGCUGCUCAGUCUGCUGCUCCCGCUGCAGCUGCCCAGGAGGAGGCAAAGGAGGAGUCUGAUGAAUCUGAGGACGACAUGGGUUUCAGUCUGUUUGACUAAGCGACUGCUCCCCUAUAAGAUGAAAUCCAAUAAAAAAACAUCUUAACCUUG